GGUCGUUCGUUGUUUUCGCGUGUGUAGUGUGUCAGUUCAGAAAAUAGGUUUUUUCGAAUAACUUAUUAAACUGCCGCGAAUAUUCCAGUUCUUGUUUUUUGCUUCGUGAUAUCAUUGUGAGUUUUUGCUAUUGUGUGCCGGUUAGUAGGCAAACUGUUUUGUGCAAUCAUCUUUUAUUGCGCGAUUUUUUCGCUGACUGAAGAAAGCGCUUGCAUUUGUAUCAAAACAAAAAAAACCAUACCUGCUAUAACAGUAACAAGUUGCUGUAUGCAUUUAAUGUUUCCAGUUCCAGUCAGGGUCUGAACUCAUCGGUGUUAUUAUUGGUUUCCCAUCAGCAAUUUUGAUUUCGCCAAAUUGACGAAAAUCUACAGGUAGAUUUUGGUUAUUACAUAUUUCUUUGUCAUUCUCGUCAUCAGUGCCGCGAAAUACACUUUGAGGAGAUCCGUAGCGAAUUUGCCGAGAAGUGGAAAGCGCUGCUGGAAACUGGUGGCGCAAGCGGCGGUCUCAGCUUGAGCGAUCCGGAGCAGCACGUGGACAGCGAACACGACGAUUGCGAAGUUGACAGUAUGACAAACUCACAGCUUUGGUUUCGCGGAGUGCGACCGUCCAAGUUUCGUCAUGUGUACGGUUUGCCAACGCGAAAGGAAUGUUGCUACACCGACAUCAGUGUGGUCCGCAGCGGCAACGAUGGCAAUUUCUGUGCCGUGAAUCCCACAUUCCUGGCGAUUGUCGCCGAUACCACGUUUGUGGUCAUUCCAAUCAACCAAACCGGACGCAUCGACUUUCAGUGCUGCAAAGUGAUUGGCCACACCGGACAGAUACUGGAUCUCAAGUGGAAUCCCUUUGACGAUAAUAUGAUUGCAUCGGCCUCGGAUGAUUGUACUAUUAAAAUUUGGAAAAUCCCUGAAGGUGGCCUAACAAGCAAUCUAAGCGAGUGCAUGGUCGAGCUGGUGGGUCACAAGCGCAAGGUUAUGCACAUCGAGUGGCACCCGACCGCAUCUAACGUGCUGAUCAGUGCUGGAUUCGAUCAUCUGAUAUGCGUUUGGGACAUCGGCAGUUCGGACAAACCUCUGCUUAACGUAAUUAACUGUCAUGUGGAUAUGAUCUACAGUUUGACCAUCAAUCGAGACGGGUCGUUGAUUGCGACGACUUCCAAAGAUAAAAAGUUGCGAAUUAUUGAGCCUCGCAGUGGCAUUGUUGUUUCGGAAGGUGUUUGUCAUAUGGGCACAAAGUGUUCGAAAGCCGUUUUCCUGGACAACAACCGAAUUCUGACGACCGGAUUUUCACGGCAUUCGGAUCGUCAGUAUGCUGUCUGGAAUCAGCAUGAUUUAAAAAAGCCACUAGCACAGGAGGUAAUAGAUAGCUCAAGUGGAGUAGUCACGCCAUACUUUGAUUACGACACAAAGAUGAUCUAUCUGGCUGGUAAAGGCGACGGGAACAUUCGGUACUAUGAGGUGGUUGAUGAGCCACCAUACGUAUACUAUCUGAAUCAGUUUCUCUCGGGACAACCGCAGAAAGCUUUGGGUUUUAUGCCGAAACGUGGCGUAAAUGUGACCCAGUGCGAAGUGUUCCGUUUCUACAAAUUGCAUGCAACGGGAAAUAUUUGCGAGCCAAUCUCAAUGAUUGUGCCUCGAAAAUCAACUUUGUUUCAAAGUGAUCUUUACCCUGAUACGCUGGCGAACCUACCGGCUAUUGCUGCGAAAGAAUGGUUACAGGGACGUAAUGUACAACCGAUACUGAGAUCCAUGAAGACAGGUGAAUCUGUCGUUGAGGUGGUCACCCAAAAGAAUCGUACAGAAAACAGAAACAGUGUAACUAGCCAUAAUCAGAAGCACAACGUUCUCAAUAACCAUCAUGGCAAUCACAACGGAACACACAAUAAUAGCCACGCUAAUAUCACAAAUGGUACCACUGUAAACGGCAAUAGCUACACAAACGGCGGAAGUGUGGGCCCACAAGUCAACGGAAAGAGCAACAAGGAAAACGAAAUCGACAACAGGAAGCUGGAUAAUAAUACGAAAAAAUUUGCAUUCCUAUCUCAGCCAACCAUACCGGACUACAGACCACAAACGAUAAUCGAGAAAAGCCAAAAGACAUCGACCAACCAGAGUACAAAGUUCCACCAGUUGCAGGCAAUUUUUGGACAGCAUCAGACGGCUAACCACAAGGAUAUUACGAAUCUGCAGAACAAUCUGCUAAGUAAUUCGAGAAAUAGUUCUCGCAAUAGUUCGCUGGAGAAUAUCAACCUGUUGAACUCGGAGAAUGAGUUGAGAAAAGCAUUCAACAAGCAAACCGAAGAGAUUAAAAGUCUGCGCAAAUCAUUGAACAACUCGGAGAAACGAGUUCGUGAGUUGGAAAGUGAGGUGAAACGGUUGCAACUGCAACUGAAACACUAGAUCGGAAUUCACCACAACAUUAUAUCAUUCCUCUUUACCCAAAAGCUAUGCUAAAUGUAAAAAUAUUUUUCAUUAUUGCUUUUUGUAGCCUCUAAUACGAAGCAGGUAAUUCGUAUUGAGACAGACAGCGUUCUAGUGGAAUAAAUCAUGAUAACCCAAAUUUAUGAUCUCCACUUGCAACGGAGAAUACAUGGUUUAAACCACGAUCAAACUACGUUAUAAAGCGCUCUGGUAGAAAAUAUGCUAAUAGCACAUGCUCUCUGGAGGUGUUCAAAUUACACGCUAAUAAUCCAUUGUGUAAUGGCCGAUUGAAGAAACCGAUAAGACUUGAUACUAAAUUUAAUUCAUCUGCUGUUGACCGAACGGAAAACUGAACCAACACAGAGUGAAUGCUUUAUUGAAUUGCUUUCCUAUGCUUCAAACAGCUACGCCGUCAGCCACAAAGAAAAGAAAAAACAAACAAUAGUGCAUUUGUAUGGAGUGGUUUUAACCUAAGCUUGCAUGUGACCUUAUAACCGCAUUAUGUUCAUAGACGAACACAAUUACAGCGAAAUUUAAUAUCCAGCCAAUAAGACAGGUAAACAUGUGAUUUGUGAUUACUAAUAAAAUUUAAAACAAACAUUAGUGAAAUAAACCGUCUGUAAUAAUUUAAGCCCGUAACUGGUAAGCUAUAGAGUAAGAGUAGAAUGGUGGCGCAUUGUAUUGUAGUGUGUAGAACAAUUUGAUGCAUUAUGAAUCAUUACAAAAAACACACACAGGUUAGUUCGGGUGGACAAAACAAAAAGCACGUAAAGUUACCAUGCUUGACGAUGACCAAUAAUUGCUUAUAGAAUGCCUCCUCUUUGGUGAAAUUCUAUUUAACAAUAGAAUGGCUACUACUUGAUUGGUUCAGAGUGUAAAAGACAACAGCAACAAAACUGUCCACAUGCAUUGGAUGUAAGUUAGUGGUAUGUUCUACGUAACAAUUGUAGGUAUUUUCUUCAGCACAAAAAGUGUGCGACCGUUAUUUGUUCCCUUCUGAUUAAAUCAGAAAGCCUCUCAGUUUUAUGUUUCCUAUUAUAGUGUAGUAUGACUGUAUAACUUUUGAACCUUCAUUGUUUUUUUUUUAUUUCUUUCUUCCAACGACUUUAAAGUGAAUAGAUAACUGUUGUGUAUGUAUUUAUCAUCGUUCAAGUUUUUAUUUGACUGCUCAAACCUCUAUUUAAUAUGUUUUUUUAAAUCGGCUGAUCGAUAAGUAACAUUUUGUGGACGGCGGCGGUUUCACAUCGAAUUAGAAAUUCAGAUUUCAAUCUUAAAGCCGUCGUUGAACGAAAUGAUAAUUUCCCUAAAUUCACAGAGUAGAAAGUUCACAUUCCUCUAUUGAUACCGAAAUGGGUGAGACUUGUUCAUGCGAUCCACGAUUCGAAACAGUUGACAGGCAUUUAAAAGAGAAAGGUAUUGGAAGGAAGUAAACAAUUUUGCACAAAGCAGAACCACAAUAGUACAUAUAUUAUACUAUAAAUAAUGCAUGCUUUUACCCCCCUAAUAUUCAAGACUUUUAAUGUUAUUUGACCAAUCGGAAAAAUCUCCAAGCAUUCAUUCAAUAAAACUCUAGAAACGAGAAAUGUGAAUGGCGACACGAUGGAAAAGCUUAGAGUAAACUAAAUGCUGAAUGUGAAAAGUAAGCUAUAAUCGAAAUGGAAUAAAAUAAAAUAAAAUAAAGAGCAAUGUUCGAUGUGGCAAAGCAAGGAA